AUGGCGCACGCGCCGCACCCGCACGCCUCAGACGCGGCCGCUCUGGGGUCGGCGCACGUCGCCGUAGACGAAGCGGAGUACGCGGGUGCUCGCGAGUCGCUCGCGUCGCAGGACACUGCCGCGGGCGGGCGGCGGAAGAGCGGCAUCCCUCGUGGUCCGAGCUGGACUCCUUUUGAACAACUCGCCGCGCUCGACGCAUACUUCAGCGCGUGCGAAGUCGUGCAAGAGAGUAGGGAGGUCGAUCGAUGGCAACACGCUAACAAGCAGUACCCCCAUUACGUUCGGGAGCUCGCCGCGUUGGGUCUGUGGAAACCAUCGACGACCGUACACGGCGCGAGGACGCCCGAGGAAUCCAUCGACGCACGUCGGUGCGAAGAAGUCAACGAACACGGUGUCGUCGGAGCGAACAAGACUGUGUUCGAACGUGGAAAGGCUGUGAAGGCACACGUGCUCAAAGUCGCGCACGUUUUCCGACGUGGUUUCAGAGCGUGCGGAAACCAACAAGGCGAGUCUGGAAAAGCCCGUCAGGACUUUUGGGACAAGCAAGAGACCGAAGCUUUGAAAGAAAAACAUUCAGAAGCGACCCUUUGGGUGUUCAGGUACGUGGCGCCAGACUCCCCGUAUCUCGAUCCCGCUGCGUACAGGACGCUGAAAGAACGGGCGAGACCGGAGUUCGCGCUAAGACACGAAGACAGGUGCACUUCGGCUGCGAACACUGCCAGUCGGUUACAGCAGCGCACAGCGGCGGCGACAGCACGUCGCGAGUCGGUACAUCCGAUAACCAUGGCGCCGGAUAAGUCACCUACGCGUGCUAUGAGAGAAGAGGCGCUCGAGCGACAGGUCAUCGAGGAAUUGCGUCGUACCAACGAUGUGCUUGAAAUGAUGAUGCGCUUUGUCACGCAAGGUGAACUUCAACUUCCAGCGCGAACGGGUUCGGAGGCGCCUUCCAAUGCGCCGGCUGACGAAGGCGAAGCGACUGAGCCGAUCGGAGCCGAAAACACGAUCAGUGCCGAGAACAUUCCCUCGAGCGUCCCACCGGUGACACCUGCAGAGAUCAUCAUGCCUCACGGUACCACUGAGCCGAACGUUCUGUGUGAGGCGAGCGCAGCGUCGCCGGUUCGGAAACGUGCUCGAGAAGAGACAUCCGUACUGCAGGUGAAUUCGCCGACUCGCCGAUCUACACGAGAGCGUCACACUCCGCUACGCUUACAACGCCUGUCAUGA